UCAGGGGAUUAUCCGCGCUCGGGUAGGUUGAUGACGGUCUGCAGCGCUGAGCUGAGCGGGCCUGGGGAGAAGCAGUGCAUUUAAAACCGCCCAGGGAAGACACCGCAUUUACGAGCCUAGUUUUGUUUUUAGCUGCCUUCCUCCCUCCCUCCUCGCCCCUGGCGUGACCACGAUGACUUGGUCGAGAGGAAUGCAGCACCGAUUUACCUGAGCAAGUGUUUUCUUCUGACCCCCCCCUCCCCCCCACGACCGUAACACUUGUUAUACUGUGACUUCUUUUUAAUUUCAUUGAAUUGGAUGCCGUGUCGGACUGCUGCAGUUGCUGCCAUUCUGAGAGACACGGGAGGACUUCUUGCUUGUGUCAACUUGAGUGUUUAUGCUAAGUUAAGAAUAUUCCAGGUUAUGUAGGUAGGGAUUUCUCUCGGAUACACCUUCGGCCCGCUGUUUACAUGUUGUAAUUGGAUUUUCCAUCAUUUCCAGCAGCAGUAGCAGUAGUAGUACCUCAGGCUUUCCUCCCUCCUCCUCCUCCUCAUCGUCCUCCUGUUAUUCCUCCUUCCUCUGGUCGGAGCUUUUUGCCGGGUCGUCCAGGUUUGGAAGAUAAGAUGGGACUACCUGCUCUGGAGUUCAGUGACUGCUACUUGGACAGCCCCCAGUUCAGGGAGAGACUCAAGUCCCACGAACUGGAGCUGGACAAGACCAACAAGUUCAUCAAGGAGCUGAUUAAAGACGGCAAGGCGCUGAUCCAGGCUUUAAAAUGUUUGUCAACGGCCAAGAGGAAGUUUGCUGACUCUCUCAACGAGUUUAAAUUCCAGUGUAUUGGAGACGCCGAGACAGAUGAUGAGAUAUGCAUAGCCAAGUCCCUGCAGGAGUUUGCAGCAGUCCUACAGAACCUGGAGGAUGAGAGGACACGUAUGAUCGAGAACGCCAACGAUGUGUUGAUUAUGCCUCUGGAGCGGUUCAGGAAAGAACAAAUCAGUGCAGCCAAGGAAGCGAAGAAAAAGUAUGACAAAGAGACGGAGAAGUAUUGCGCAGUGCUGGAGAAGCACCUCAGCCUUUCAGCGAGGAAGAAGGAGUCGCAUCUGCAUGAGGCGGACAACCAGGUAGAUAACGUACGGCAGCAUUUCUACGAGGUUUCUCUGGAGUACGUCUUCAAGGUGCAGGAGGUCCAAGAGAGGAAGAUGUUUGACUUUGUGGAGCCUCUGUUGGCCUUUCUUCAAGGCCUGUUCACCUACUAUCACCAUGGCUAUGAGCUGGCAAAGGACUUCAACCACUUCAAGACUGAUCUCACCAUCAGUAUACAAAAUACGAGAAACCGCUUUGAGAGCACGCGGUCGGAGGUGGAGUGUCUGAUGAGGAAGAUGAAAGAGAAUCCACAUGAACACAAGAGUGUCAGCCAGCACACCAUGGAGGGAUACCUGUUUGUACAGGAGAAGCGCUCCUUUGUGUCUACCUGGGUGAAGUACUACUGUACGUACCAUCGGGAGCCCAAGAGGGUCACCAUGGUCCUGUUUGACCCCAAAUCUGGAGGGAAAAUGGGAGAUGAGGAGAGCUUCAUCCUUAAGUCCUGCACCAGGAGGAAGACCGACUCGAUAGAAAAGAGGUUUUGUUUUGAUGUGGAGGCUGUGGACAGGCCGGGAGUGAUCACCAUGCAAGCUCUGUCAGAGGAAGACCGCAGGCUGUGGAUGGAAGCCAUGGAUGGGAGAGAACCGGUAUACAAUCUGAACAAAGACAACCAGGCUGAAGGCAUGGCCCAGCUGGAUGUUAUUGGGUUUAACGUGAUGAAAAAAUUCAUCUAUGCAGUGGAGACUCGAGGAAUUGAUGAGCAAGGCCUGUAUAGAAUAGUUGGCGUCAACUCCAGAGUACAAAAAUUACUGAGUCUCGCUAUGGAUCCUAAGACAUGUGCUGAUGUCGAGCUGGACAACCCAGAGUGGGAGAUUAAGACUAUCACAAGCGCUAUCAAGCACUAUCUCAGAAUGCUGCCUGCGCCCCUCAUGACAUACCAGUACCAGAGGAGCUUCAUCAAAGCUGCCAAGCUGGAUAACCCAGAGGCCAGGGUGACAGAGAUCCAUGCCCUGGUGCACCGGCUGCCUGAGAAGAACAGACAGAUGCUGGAGCUGCUGAUGAAACACCUGGCGAAUGUGGCCAGUCACCACCAGCAGAACCUGAUGACCGUCGCCAACCUGGGUGUGGUCUUUGGGCCGACUCUGCUCCGCCCACAGGAGGAGACGGUGGCAGCCAUCAUGGACAUCAAGUUCCAGAAUAUUGUUGUAGAGAUCCUCAUAGAGCACCAUGAGAGGAUAUUCAAGGACAUCCCGAGUUCUGGAGGCGGUUCAGUCAACAUGCAACUCAACCUGCCAAGGAGGAGAAGCACCGAGAGCAAAGCCCCGUCCUGCAGCGAGAGGCCCCUCACACUCUUCCACACACCAACACAUUCCCAGAAAGGUGAAAAGAGGAACAGCGUAGUCAACGCCACAGUUGCCGAACUGCAGCAGCCCAUUUCUUCCUCUGCCAACUGCAACAGUAGCAGCAGUAGCAACAGCAGCAGCCAAGGUCGAACCCCGAGACACAGCCUGACCAGCAACGACGGAGAGCAGGACACCCGGCAGAUCCGACCCAGCUCACUGCUGAACCCAAAGAGUCGUAGCAGCAUACCAACCAGUGCAACGUCUCCCAGCCCCACCUCACCACGUUCUCCCUCCUGGCCGAUGUUCUCUGCCCCGUCAAGUCCUCAGCCAACAUCUUCUGCCUCCAGUGACUCAUCCCCUGUCAGUAUUGUUGGCAGGAAGGCUCGAGCGCUGUAUGCCUGCAAGGCAGAGCACGACUCCGAACUGUCCUUCAUCGCUGGGACCAUCUUUGAGAAUGUUCAUGCCUCCAGGGAGCCCGGCUGGCUGGAAGGGACUUUGGACGGCCGGACGGGACUGAUACCAGAAAACUAUGUGGAGUUUUUAUAGUCCAGGGUCUUGAAAGGGACUUGAACGGGGACUGGAGUUGACCAACUGUAGGUGACUAGAUUUGACUGCACAAGACUGAAUAGAGUCUAUUAGAUCAGACAUUAUAUUGGACCAUUCUAUGAUUGAUGAGACCACUCUUGUGUUGACUAGACUGGGAAUUGAAACUGGACCAAGCAGAACCAUACUGAAUGGACACAACACAUGAACAAAGUGGAGCUAACUUGGGGGGUGGAGGUGGGGGGGCAUAAACUGCACUGGAAAAAAAAGGUCCCACUCUGGUUCUGGGUGUUAUUGGAUUAGUGUGGAUGACUUCCCAAAUCCAGGGGAAAGUAAUGUGGUAAUGAACCUGGAAUGUGUGCAUGUGUGAGAGUGAGAGAUAGAGAGAGAGAGAAAAAAUAACUUGUAUAAAUGAGUUGAUAUUUCUGAGCUGUGAGGCUUAUGAUUUUUCGGCCCUUGCUUUAUAACUUCAAGCUGCACUGCCACUGCUUCAGCGUCUCCUUUUUUUAUCAGCCAAUGGAAAUAUCCUCCUGUGGAGAUGAUGACAGGGAACAUAAAACAAAGCAAGUGGCCUUUAACUUUGAACUCGAUAGUUCACCUCCUCACUGUGCGCUGUUUGAGUGAUGGCAAAUCGCAUUGGGGGACUGGAGCUUUUAAAGCCGAUUUAAAUGAUUGGGUUUUGUUGUACAGUUGUAAAUGUGUUUGUGAGCACUCGCUGUGGCGCUCUGGCAAUUCCCCAAGACAAGAAUCAACCUGGCUAAUGUUUCAGAGCUCCAGUUCAGCAGCAGGAGCCCCAGGGCAGAUCAGCACAGGAUGAGGUCGCCUUGAGAACAGUUCGCCAAAAGGUCAGCAUUGGGUUUAUCCUUAUUUAUAAUGCUUCUCCCCGCAGAGCACUUGCAAAAAAAAAAAAAAAAUGUGAAAAAUUUCAAACAAGCUCCACAAGCCGAUCAGCGGUUUACAAAGCAGUGUAGGAGUAACAACUGAUUCCUGCUAGCUAAAAUAAGCCCAGCUGUGAGGCCUCAUUCUGCUUCCCAAGCGUACGUAUCUUUGAUUGUUGGAAAUAAUUGGGUCCAGUAUCGUGUCUAGUGUCGAAUCAUGUUUGCAGUGUUUUAAUCCGUUCUAGGAAUUUUCAUUGACCAGGAUGCUGUAUUUCAUCACAUCACAGAGCUUCAAACAUCAAGUUUUGAUUGAUUAUAUAUUUUUAUCUUAAGCCUGGACUUUUUUUCCCCCUCAUUCUAACCAUCAUGCGGAAUCAAUCACUUCCUUUAUGAUGUAUCUCAUGACCCGUCACAAGGGUCUUUUUUCUGUUUUAAUGUAGAAUCAUAAACACAAUGAAAAUGAAGUAAUUAUCUGAAGCAUGGACAUUUACAUUUCGAUUGACUUUAGUUCAGUUUACAGCCAAGGCUAUCAUUCAUAGGUAAAUGAAAUGCAGAUUAGAUUAGAUUAGAUUAGAUUCAACUUUAUUGUCAUUGCACAUGUACAAGUACAAUGCAACGAAACGCAGUUGUGAUGUGAUGAAACUCAGAUAUUUGAAGGAAAGAGAAAUCAACAGUUUUUCAGAAUUGCUCAGAUUCUGUAUUUUAAAGCUGGUCUGCUUUGGGGUUUUAACGAGUGCCCUCAUUUCAUGAGCGAAAGCUGAACUUCUUGCUUGAACCACUUGGUGAACAUCUGUUUCAACUUUUCUGAAAAGCUUUUUGUUGAACUUUUUUUUUUUCUUUUGGAACAGAAUAUUGAAAGAACAUUUUAACAUUUUAGCAGGAAAAUCAAAUGGGAGAUUUAAAAAAAAAAACAAAAAACUUAAAUGUGAAAUGAGACUACUUUGUUCAUACCUGAACUUUUUAUUUAUGAGUUUCUUAAAGGCACAAUCCUGAACUGUAUUCAUUUUAAGAUGUUUUAUUGACAAUGUAAAUAUAGACAGCAUUUGAUAAGGUAUAAUUUUUUUUUUAAGUAUAAAGUUUUAUAUUUGGUAUUUUUAGCAUACUAACUUAAUUCCUUAAUUCCAUCUUUGUUGCCCAGAUUUUUGUAUCAUUUAAGUCUAUCUACAGCCUUAAAUAUUUUUUCCAGAUAUUUUGGUGAAUUGACAAGAUUGUGCUGAAUUAAAGAUUAAGUGUUCAACAGAUGUAACUGGGGUCUUUGAUUUCUGUUUUGGAUUUAGUGCCUGCCUGGCUUGAAUAUCUUCAUACACGUUGCAGAGCUCCCUUUGUAGGUUUUGUACAAAAAUAAAGUAGGACUGCAGCAAUAAAUGGAUUUGCUUACAGCUGCAAAAUAAAUUUGGGCAGUUUAGCAUCAAGUAAAGAAAACCGCUAGCUUGGCUCUGUCCAAAGUUCAGAUGUUCACCUAAUAACACAAUAAAAAUUUACUAAUUAUUACUGUACACAUAUUUUCUAACACAAACAGAAAUGUAAGAGCAGUUUGGGGUUUAGAAGGGGCUGUGCGCUCUAUUUCUUGACAAACAUCUGGUUGUAUGCAACCUCAUGAUGACAGAAAGACUGUGGGAAGUCAUUUCGCCCAGAUGUUGUUUGUAAAAACAAAACCAAAAAAAAAAAAAAGACUUUCAGCUCACAACUCAACGAAAGGACACAAAUUAUCAUGGUUGUCUUUUUGUUUAUGGACAGGUUAAAGACAUAAUAUAGCAACUGUUGGCAGCUCUUUGAAAAUACACCAGAACCUUUGACAAAGCCAAUCGUGCUUUCAGUCCUCACACUAAGCAAGGAUGAUUUCAACUCCAGCUUCAUACUCAAUGUAAGAAAAAAUGAAACAAAAGCACUUGAUCUAAGCAAUGAAAAACAGGGAACUUUAUUGUGUAAGAUGUCUGAAAUAAAGAGAGAUCAUCUGAAUUUCCACUUUGAACCAGUGAUGACAAAAACAUCAUCCAAGUUGUUACCAACACGAUGCCAAAUCCAACGACACACAUAACUGAAUUCAACAUUUAAUCAAAUAGGUGAAAAUAUUGACACUGACUACAGAGGAAGUGUAAUAUAGAAGUAAAACAAACUAUUGUUUUUUUUUUUAAACAAACUUUUUAUAUUUUUUGUUUGUUUUUACAUUGGAUUACAUUUACAUAACUGAAAUACGAACAUAACAGACUUCAAUGAAAGCCAUAGCCAUAUGUACCAGUGAAACAUGAUCUGCCCUUGAUCUUUAAAGAUAAUAUUUGCAUGUAUUUUAUACAAAAUAGACUUUAUCAACCAGUAUGAGGGUAGUGCAAUUCCAUCAGGCUCUGGUAGAUUUACUUUCACGCAGAAAUUCAACUUUUUUUCUUUUUGUCUGUUUUAACAUCCAGUAAAUCCUCACAUCAAUGUACAUUGGAUCCAAAGCCUGAACCUUUACAAAAAAUACCUUUCAAAUAAAAAGAAGUACUAGACGCUGGAUAAGUGCUACUUAAAAGGUAACUGCUUCAAUACUUCUGUUUGUUAAAACUUUUUUUUUCUCCUCUGCUUUGGUCACACUUAUAUAACGUAAAAACAUCCAGUCCGUCUCACCUUCUGUCCUCCGCCCCCCUUACAACUUUAAAACACAGUGAGCAUUCAUGUAGACUUUCCCAUCGACUCUUAGAAUUUACAUUUGCUUCACAAGACGAACAUGUUUAACACUUGCUAAUGUAUUCAACACGUCUACCUUUAUCAAACACAAACCAACAAA